CUGAUUCAAUAUAUAUACGCAUUGAAAUGGCUUGAGCCACGUGUCUCCAGGUCUGUGUCGGAGAUUUUUCGGAUUUAUUUGAGAGUUGAGAGUUGAGUCAAGUUGAAUUGUCAACAUUUUGGUGCCGAAACCCGGGAAUAUUUACUGAGUUGUUCUUUCCCGUUUCCAGUCUGAUAUCGAGUAUGGCGGAGAUAGAGCGCUUGAAGCGUUCGAGGAACGCCGCCCGAGGGUGGCUGAAUCGUGCAGGCGAGUCCCUGAGCGCCGCGCUGACAAGCAAAGAUGCAAAGCAAAGUGACGCACAGACAAGCAAAGAUGUGGAUCUUUUUGAACUGGAAACCAUGCUUGCUCUCUUUGAUAGGAGGAUGUGUAACUUUGAAGCCGCGCAGACGGCUCUUGAGUCGGAACAAUCUGAGGAGGACACCCUGUCCGACCAGUCUUCAGGGUCUUUGGACCAGUUGAUCAUGUUGAGAGCGAGGGCCAUGAAACUGCUGGCAGUCCACCAAGCAGCACCAGCUUCUGGUGCUGGGAUCCGAGGUGAGACCCCCAAGCUACCAAGGUUGGACCUGCCCCGUUUCUCUGGAAAACCCCAAGAUUGGCCUGCAUUUUGGGAGGCGUUUUGUGUCGCAGUACAUGAUUCGAAGUUAGCAGAUGUCACAAAGCUCACCUAUCUGAGAACGUUGCUGGAUGGUGAGGCGAAGAGAUGUGUGGAGGGGCUCGCAUUGAGUAGCGAGAGUUACAAGAUAACAUGUGAUCUUCUGCAAGAGCGGUUUGGACGCAAGGAUUUAAUAAUAUUUUCUCAUGUGCAAGCUCUCCUCAACCUUGAUCCUAUUCCUUUGGACAAGCUCCGUGACCUAGUAGAUAUCCUCCUCAUCCACAUCAGAAGCCUGGAAGCCCUCGGCAUUACAGGAGAGUCCUAUGGUGUCCUUCUAAAUCCUAUCAUCCUUUCCCGACUACCCAAUGCUGUCCGCCUGGAGUGGGCCCGUGAAGCCGAGGAGAAGGAGGCUGAUCUUGAUCAUCUCAUCGGGUUCCUGACGAGGGAGGUGGAGCGGCGAGGUCGCUCUGGUGUCUACGUGGGACUGGCUGGUGCUGGAGCAUCAUCUUCAUCUUCACGAGCCAGUGGUGCCGGCGCUUCUUCACGGGCUGGUGGUGCCGGAGUCUCCGCUCGGGCUGGCAGUGCCGGCGGUUCUUCAUCUUCGAGAGGUGGGGGCAGCCACCCUGCUGUCACUAGCCGGCGCCCGUCUGUGUACACGGAGGCGCGGGGCACCGGCCCUGGUCUACCCUCCGGGGCAGCUCUGCACUCAUCUGAGCUUAAGUGCUCUUUCUGCGAACCUCAGAGCUGUGGCGGUUCCAGCCAUAUGUGCCCCCCUCGCGCGUCCACUUCUGCCGGCCUCUGUUCUGGAUCAGCUUGAUGGUGUAGUCCUGGCUGACCCGCUAGAGAGUGAGAGUCUGCACAUCGACAUUCUGGUCGGUGUUGAUCAGUUCUGGCAACUGGUAAGUGGGGAGACGCGAGUACUGCGAGAGGGUAUGGUGGCUCAGAGAACUGUGUUCGGCUGGGUGCUGAGCGGUCAGGUGAGUGGCGUAGAUGACCACAAGGGUGGAUGUCAGCUCCUGUGUCUGGGUGACAUACAUGAGUCGGCGCUGCGCCGUCUGUGGUCACUGGAGGGAGUAGGUGUGACGGAUGUGACCACUGGUGAUGAGUCUGAUGUGAUGACCACGUUCGAGUCCACUGUGGAACGAUCAGCUGAUGGUCGUUAUGUGGUGAAACUGCCAUGGAAGGAGGGUGCAGUUGACCUGUUGCAGGAUAACCGAGCUAGUGCUGAGAAGCGGCUGACUGGUCUGGGACGUAAGCUGGAGCGGGACCCUGACCUGCGUGCCCGUUAUGAUGGUGCCCUGUGUGAGAUGGAGGGGGCUGGGGUGAUUACAGAGGUGCCUGUGGAGGAGCUGGUAACCCAGAACCCUACAUUUUACCUGCCCCACCGUCCGGUAGUCAAGGAGAGCAGCACCUCUACUAAAGUCCGCCCAGUGUUCGAUGCGUCCGCUCGUGGGCCUAACGGUGUCUCUUUGAACGAUUGCUUGGAGGUGGGACCCUGCCUCCUGCCUAACCUGCUGGAGGUUCUCCUGCGUUUCAGGCGUUGGCCGUUCGCAGUGACCGCUGACAUCACGAAAGCCUUUCUGCAGGUCGGUCUGAGUGUCGAGGAUCAAGACACCCACCGUUUCCUGUGGGACUGUGACGGUCGUGUGCGUGUGAUGAAGUCACAGAGGGUCAUUUUUGGUGUCAGUAGUUCUCCCUUCCUCCUAAGUGCUACGAUUAGACAUCAUUUGUCUCUGUACCCUGAUUCUCCUGCCAUUCGUGAGAUGCGUGAGAAUUUCUAUGUGGAUGACCUGUUGUCGGGUGCCGACAGCGAGAGUGAGGCCUCCGCGCUGCUCUCAGAGGCUCAGCGUGUGAUGAAAGAUGCCCACAUGGUGUUGACCAAGUGUCGCUCUAACAGCCCCCUGUUGUUCGACAAGGCGCAGGGUGUGUUUGGUGAGAGUGAGCAUGUUAAGGUGCUCGGUGUGAUCUGGAACCCGACUGAUGACCUGUUCGCAUUCCAGGGCGUGUCACUGCCUGACGACAUUGUUCCCACAAAACGUGUCGUUCUCAGCUUUGUCGCACGCAUGUUCGAUCCCCUUGGAUUCAUCAGCCCGUUUGUGAUGACUCUGAAAUCUCUCUUCCAAGAGCUGUGGCAGCUGGGGUUGCACUGGGAUGACCCGCUGCCGGAGUCCUGUCGUGAGACGUUCGCCAGAUGGCUGAGUGGACUGGCGGUGCUGAAGGAGCUGCGUGUGCCGCGCCGCUACUCGCCGAGCGCGUGGAGGGACGGUCACGGCGCUGAGCUUCUGGCAUUCAGCGAUGCAUCGCCCAAAGGGUAUGGAGCUACCGUUUACAUCCGUGUCCCUUUGGAGGAUGGGUCAUUUCAUGUGUCGCUGGUGAUGGCAAAGAGCCGUGUGGCGCCUGUUAAGAAGCUUAGUCUUCCUAGGCUAGAGCUUCUUGGCUGCCUGAUCGCGGCCCGCCUGGUCGUGUUCGUGACGUGUGCCCCCGUGGAGGUGACGUGUGUUCCCUUGGUGGUGAUGUGUACCGAGCUGGUGGUGAUGUGA